CUCAGUCUGUGUCGCAAAUACUUCUACAUUGGCUUCCUAUGCCUACCGUUCCUAUGGGUGGUGAACAGCGUGUGGUUCUUCAGGAGCGCCUUCAUGGGAGCGCCGGACCCCUCCUCCGACCGGAAGCCUAUCCAACGAUAUGUCAUAUACUCGAUGAUCGGAUCCCUGGUGUGGAUCGUGGCUCUGGUCGCGUGGAUCACGACGUUUCAGCUGAAGAGGGCCGAGUGGGAGGCGACCGGCGACUACCUGUCCUUUAAUAUCCCGCGAGGCAUACCCUAAGACCUACCCUACCAUAAGAGACAUACCAUUAGAUCCGUGCGAAUCGGUUGUGAUUUGUAUGGAUUUGUAUUUUAAGUGAUUUAAUGUUUGAAUUGUUUUUUAUUGUAUUCAACACUCAAUUAUUUAUUAAUAAUAACAACAUUUUGAGAUAAAAAUCAAA